AUGAAAACGAAGAAAAAGGGAGAAGAUGAAGUAGGAAGGAGGCUUAAAGUAGUGGUUAAGAAUUUACUGAUAACAGCUAAUGUAUAUUAUGAGAACAAAGGACGCAAAACAUGGAACGACGGAAGAAAAGAGGAGGAGCGAAGGAAAAUAUGGCAAUUGCGGCCUAAGGAGAUAGAUGAAGAAAUAAGGGCCAUUAAGGGGGGGGCAAGAAUAAAGACAAAGCAGAAGAACACGGAACCAAGAGGCGCCAAGAAGGGGGGAACAAUAGAACAUAAGAAUAACCAAAAGAAUCCGAAUUAUAGCGAAAAGUAUUCCUCUAGAGCAAUAAAAGAUAUCAGGAAUAUACAACACUACCUUAUCCCUAACGCUGCCAAUGAGGGGAAAGCCAAGUUGAUAUGGCAGAAGAUCCAGGCAGCUGAAGUGGAAGGGGAAGAAUUAAUCGUACCAAAGCAGGAGUGGGAAAAAAUGGAAGUAUCACGAAAUACAAAACACCAAAACGAGGGAUAA